CUGCCUGCCUGCCUUCCCACGUCUGCCCACUGCCUCACUCAUUCUUAGAGAAGAUAAAAACACUCCACUCACUGCCCUCACUCGAGUACUGAAAAUAUAAGAACUCGACUUCGUUACUCUCUUAUUCCUUAUUUAUUAUUUUCAUUUUAUGGUAAUUGUUAUACUAUUUAGUCAGUGCCACACUAAUCACACUCACAUUCCUUACAGAAGACAGUACUUAGGACUAUAGUGUACGCCUAGCACCAAUAGACUAAUUGUUAUUGCAGUGAAAAAAGGCAAUGCGAUUGUUUUAGUCGUAUGAUAUAAUAACAAUUUGUGGUUACAUACCAUCGUCGUCCAAUACAAUGCUGGUCAAUAAAUGGCAUUGUAAAGUAUAACGAUCGAACUGUGGAAAUCAAGAAUAAAUGGUGCUAACGGCCAACCGGAAUCAACAAUGGAAGCACCGUCAUCGAAAAAAUUAUGCUGCACCGUUUGCGUCCACACGGUCAAGAGCAUCCCGGUGAUAUUUAUUUUGUGCAUACUCGCGUGGUCGUAUUACGCGUACGUCUAUCACCUGUGCCUCAGUCGGGUCACAUCCGUCGAACUGUCGGUGCCGUAUCUGCUAGUGUACCACAUAAUACUAGUGUUGUUCCUAUGGUCGUACUUCAAAACAAUUUUCACUGAGCCAAGCGGCGUGCCACCAAAUUUCAGAUUACCAGAAGAAGUAUUUGAAGAGUUCAAUAGGAAUCCUAUAGACUUGAGCAGGCAGAGCGCCAUUUUACGUGAUUUUGCUGAAAACUUGCCUAUCAUGACAUACACAAAUACCAAUGAUAUUCGGUUCUGUGAUAAAUGUAAAAUAGUCAAGCCAGACAGAUCACACCAUUGCAGUGUGUGUCGUAAAUGUGUGUUAAAAAUGGAUCACCAUUGUCCAUGGGUGAACAAUUGUGUCUCAUAUUCGAACUACAAGUAUUUUAUAUUAUUUUUGGCCUACGGUCUUUUAAUGUGCAUUUAUGUGGCUGCUACAACAGUUGAAUAUGUUAUCAAGUUCUGGGAUAUUACUACAGAUAUGCGAAUUCAAGAUGGAUCAUAUAAAAUACAUAUAAUAUUCUUAUUUUUUAUUGCUUCAAUGUUUUCAUUAAGCUUAUUCUCAUUGCUUGCAUAUCAUAUCUACCUGGUUUCAAAAAACAGAACAACUUUAGAGUCCUUCCGUCCUCCUAAAUUUUUGGAAGGCAGUGAUAAAAAUGGAUUCAACUUGGGAUGCUGCAGAAAUAUAAGGGAAGUGUUUGGUAAAGAAGUUCUUCUGUGGCCUUUUCCUAUAGACACACGCCUUGGUGAAGGUGUAUCAUUUCCAAUCAAUAAAACUGUACCCGAAGCUCAAAGUCUAUUAUUCUCAGAUGUGAACGACCAGAAAACAUCAAUUGAUUUCGAACAUUAUGAUACGUCAUUGUUUACAUCAAUCUUAAUAAGUGAUGAUAACAUGAGCUCGACAGAUACAAAUGCCCCUAAAUAUCAAGAUCUUAUUCAAAUUUAGUAUUAGAAUUAAAUAUUUAAUAUUACUUAAAACCUUAUUCCUGUGAUACCAUAUCCUACUUUUACUCGUAAAUAUUGAAUAAUAAUAUAAUAUAAUAAGUUCUUAUUUUGUAAUUAUGUAUCUCUUAAGUAAGUUCUAGUGGGAUUUGGUCCAAACAGUCCAAUGCAUAUUUUCGGUAUUGCUUGUUGGGUGAGAUAGAGCAAUCGCACUACAAGUGUAUUUUCAACAAGUACCCUUCGAUCUUUAGCCGUGACCACGACACCUCCUAUUUCCUGAGUCGGUAAUUUAAUACUUUUAUCAAUGUUUAUUUUGACGUUUAUUCCAGUGUUGGCUAAAUAGAUUUGUUUCAAUUUGGGGAUCAUUAAGGUCACAUAUUCCACAUCGUCUGAUACCAGUAUUAAGCAUACUUCUUGUUCUACAACCUUGAAAUGUACCAAAAUUAGAGUGUUAAUUUGUUGUUCAAACAUCUAUCAUAGUACCAUGACAAUAAUAUUACUUGAUACAUUGCCUGUAGUAUUAACUUUUUAAGUAUUUCUUGAUAGUAACAUAGUCUAUGCUUGCGCAUUUUUAACAGUUCUUUGUUAACAUCGGCCAACACAGAUUUAAUGUAUUUAUCUCUGGUAUUCAAUAUUUCAAACUUGGCACUGGUCAUUUUUUCAGUAAUCAUUCUAUGGCCCAGACCAAAAAUAAUGUUUUAUUCAAAAAAGUACACUUUUUAAUACCUACUUACGUUGCUGAUGUCCUGUUAAUAAGAUUUGUCUUUUUGUUGUACAACUGAUUAAUUUCCAUUUUUUCCUUGAGUAUCAUCUCCUUCUUUUUCAUAUGAUAUUCAUCUUCUGAUUGAGUUUCAAUAUUUUGUAUAAUUUCAUCUGCUUCGAACUCUAUGAACUUGACCAUCCUAUCCAACUAAAAUUAUAUAAAAUAGUUUAUGCUGUAUGCAGUAUGCACUUGGCAAUCUUGAUAGAAGGCGUUUCUAUAGAGUUCAGUUUAGGAAAUUGUUAUGACUCUUGAGAUAAAUCAAAACAUAUUAUAGUAGUGGGCAUACAUUUGUGAAUUAUUUUUUCACCACAAAUACAUUUGAUCUAAGUACGAGUAAAAAAUAAAUUAUUUUUUUUAAA